ACCAAAAAUUCACACAUAAUAUCAAAUCCCACACAGCCUCAGAUCAAUUCUGGUUUUUCAUUCUCCAAAAGGAAGCCACACAUUAUGGGAGCCAACUUAUCCAACUUAGAGUAUGUUAAUAGACCCUCAAAAUCAUCCCCGAUCCUCACCUUCCAAUCUAUUGCUAAAUGGAAGGCUCACUUUGAUGCCUCCAAAGAAACAAACAAGCUGAUGGUAAUCGACUUCACGGCUGCAUGGUGUGGACCUUGCAAAUACAUGGACCCAAUUAUCAAAGAAUUUGCAGCCAAAUACACAGAGGUCGAGUUCAUUAAGAUUGAUGUAGAUGAGUUAAUGGAGGUGGCCAAGGCAUUCCAGGUGCAAGCAAUGCCAACAUUUGUACUAAUUAAGAAAGGCAAUGUAGUUGAAAAGGUAGUGGGAGCAAAAAAGGAGGAGCUGCAGAAGCUGAUUGAGAAACGCAGGAAUUGAGUGUGCACUGAUUAUCUUGCACUGUAAUAAAGU